UGGAUAUCUUGGUUCCUUUCUUCAAAGGGCAACGAGUACUUUUGUGAAGUCGAUGAAGACUACAUUCUCGACAGAUUCAAUCUCACAGGGCUCAACAGCGACGUCUCGAACUACUCCCAGGCUCUAGAACUCAUAACAGACAAUUUGGAUGAUGAAAUUCAGGAUGAAUUGCGGGGCGCUCUCGAUGUCCAAGCUCGUUUGCUAUAUGGCUUGAUUCAUGCUAGGUGGAUCGUAACAGCCAGAGGACUCGCGAAAAUGCUCGAAAAAUUCAAAAGAGUCGAUUUCGGUCGCUGCCCACGUGUUCUCUGCCAAUCCCAACCCCUUCUCCCCGUCGGACUGACCGACACUCCGUACGAGAAAUCUGUAAAGCUAUAUUGCGGACGGUGCGAGGACAUCUACUCACCAAAAUCCUCGCGCCACGGAUCCAUCGACGGCGCCUACUUUGGCACAUCCUUUCCUCACCUGCUCUUCCUCGUAUACCCCAACCUAAUACCUCCAAAAUCAGGCUCUCCUGACCUCUCAUUUGGCUCGCGCAGCACUGAUGCAGAGAAGUUGAUUAGUACCGCUUCUGUGGCAAUGAAGGCGGACAGGUAUCGGCCACGGAUUUACGGAUUCCAGUUGAAUGAAACGGCGAAAUUGCAGAGAUGGCAGGAGGCCAUUAGAGACCGGUAA